GCUGAUAAUUGUCCUCAGAUCACCACCUCAAGCACUUCACGAGUAGGACCAGGUCAAAGUGACGGUUUUUCGGUCCGGUCAGUACUAAAAGUUACCCUUCUGGGAAGUGAGUGGAAUUCCUCAGAAGGUGGUUUGUCAACAUUAAACAGAGAACUUGCCAUUUACCUUUCAAAACAUCCCAAAGUGGAAGUAACAUUGCUAGUUCCCGAGGGAGUUUGCAAAGAUGAGGAAAAAAGAGAAGCUGGAAACAAUGAAAUUACCAUUGUUGAAGCAGAGGAACAAACAGGGUAUGAUCCCCUUGACUGGUUAAACUUCCCGCCUAAAGACCUCAGCAUCGAUGUCAUCAUUGGGCAUGGUAAGAAGCUUGGCCGGCAAGUACAAGGUAUACGAAAUUUUGCCCAAUUUAAGAAUUGUAAGUGGGUACAAGUGGUGCAUACUGCCCCAGAAGACCUUGGCAAAUUCAAAGACUACAGUAAUCCCACUUCAAAAGGUGAAAGAAAGCAUCGGGUUGAAGUUGACCUUUGUAAGCGUGCAGAUCUUGUCAUGCCUGUUGGACCCCGACUCACAGAGCUUUACUCUUCCUAUUUACAGCGCUACAAAAAAGAAAUGGACGUGUUUUCAUUUACUCCAGGACUUUUUGAAAGGGAAUUUGGGGAUUUAGAACAAGAUGUCAAUAACAAUGCAGAUUUUAAAGUGUUAAUUUUUGGACGUGGGGAUGAGGAAGACUUUGAUCUUAAAGGGUACAGCAUUGCUGCAAAGGCAUUUACUGACCCACGAUUGAAAAGGAAACCUUAUGAACUGAUCUUUGUUGGUGCACCUGAGGAAAAACAAGAAGAGAUUAGAAGAAGACUUCUGCAAUGUGGUGUUGCUAAAGAACAGCUGACUGUCCGAAAAUUUCUACAAAACAGGGAUGAAAUAAAAGAUUUGCUGUGCGAAGCUGAUCUUGCCAUUAUGCCGUCAAAGUCAGAGGGAUUUGGUCUUGCUGCCCUCGAGGCCUUGUCUGCAGGUUUACCCAUUCUUGUAGGCAGUAGGUCAGGAUUUGCAAAAGCUUUAGAGAAAAUUCUUCAUGGUCAUUCAUACAUCGUAUAUUCAGAUGAUCCUGCAGAAUGGGCAAAAGCAAUAGAAGCUGUUCGUACUUGGCAUGGAAUGAGGCUUCAAGAGAUUAAAUCAUUGAGAGCAUUGUAUGGGGAGAUGUACAGUUGGAAGGAGCAAUGUGAAGCCCUUGUGGAAAGGAUGUGGAAAAUAGUUUAUGGUAGGAUAUUUUUAGUACAUGAAGUAUAAUAAGCCAUGAAGUUCAAUUAUCGUGGUACAGCGAGGUUCUUAACGUGUCACAACAGACGUUCAGUUUUUCACUGCAGCUCGUUGAAAAGUGCUCUGUUAGCUAGGCGUACUAGCUCUCUAUUAUUUUGUGUUUUUGACUGUACAAUUGUAAAUCUCCCUACGUAUAGGCAAUUUACAAAUGCUGCUUGAGAUUGGAUUAUUCAAAAAAAAGAAAGAAAGAAAAAAAAACAGAAAAGAAAAGAAAUCAAAAUUGCAUUAAGUCUGGGCUAUCCCAUCCUAUUUCUACAACAAAAGAUGUAAUAUGUUGCUCUAAUGGCUAUAUUUAUCAUUUUCUUGAUUAUAUAAAGUUGCUGCUUUUUGUCAAUGCCAAUGUCACUCAUCACGUCUAAGAGCGUGGAGCAUUCAUCGGAGAAAACGGCAAGGGAACUCAUGAGCAGAUUUACAAAUUUCACACAUCUGUAAUUUCUACUCAUUUCUUUAUCAAGUUCAGAUAUUUUUCUUUUUUACCCACUGCAUUGUUAUUAAUGUUGGACUCGAAACCAACUGCUAAUUCUAGAACAUAUAGAGACUUGGACUGGAAUAGGAAAAGAAGAUCUGGCCCCAGUUGUUCAAAAGCUGGAUAGCUCUAUCCAUCGGAUAAAUCACUAUCCAGUGGAGAAGUAUUAGGGAAACCAAUUGCACUAUCCACUGGAUAGAGAUUUAUCCGCUGGAUAGCGCUCUCCAUCUUUUGAACAACUGGGGCCUAGACAAUAAUUUUCACCAGUUAUUAUUAAGGGAUUCAGAAAACCAUUAACAUCUGCAUAGAGUGAAGAGUGAACAUUAACUACGGGUUGACGUGACUUGGCAAUGAAGUUAAGGAUUGAGUCGUGUCUCCAGGUAAGGCGAUCAAGAUACUAGGGAGUUUAAGAUACGGUGACUACGGACUACGACUACGGUUUAUCAUGCUACUGCGCAUGAUCAAAACCACGUGACUGUUUAUUUUUCCCGCGUAGUCCUGCGGCUACGGUGAGUUGUUGAGCUGUUUCGCGUAGUCGGGACUACGGAGAACAUUUUGCUCGCAUUUUGCCGUCUCGGUAAUUCAAGAAUCUCGUCUUUUCGUAAGAAAGUUUUCAAUUCACCUGCUUUAAGUGAGGGAGAAGCGAAUUAUGUAAGUUGUGCCUAAUUUCUGCUCAGAUUUACGUUUUUAAUCCAUCGUUGUGACUACAUUUUUAUCUAGCUAAGCUCAUAUUUAAAGGAGCUUAGCUGUUUAUACGCAGAAUUCAGAUUGAUGGCCGAGGAGAAGAGAAAUCAUGCAGGUAAUUUACUUUCUCUCCGCACUUGAAAAGUUUCAAUGUUUGUUCGAACUGAUUAGUGUGCCUUUCUACUUGUGUGACCUUUGUUUAUGCGAGUUUUUGUAUCGCAUUUGCUGAAUGAAAAUGAUGUAAACAUCUUCGAGACAAUCGAAACUCGGCAUUUCAAUACUUCAAACUACAUCAGAUCAGUAGUCGGAGAAGUCCAUCUUCUAAAUCUAAUAAAUGAGCUAUUACUAUUUCUGUCUAUUUCUUUAAUAUUUUACAUAAGUAUUCAUGGGCGAAAAAGAUAAAAUCUGUGCAACCAAAACUUUGUUUAUCAAUUUCACCCGAGCUACGGUGAUGGAACACAAGGAGUAGGCGAAUCGACUUGUACGUAAUUGCUUCCUUCAAGUAUGGAAGAAUUUUUUCAUUGUUCUAAAGAUAAGAUCACAUGCAAAACUGACUUGCAUUUUUGUGAAAUGUGAUGAAAACAAGAAAAUCUUUCGGUGUUGUUUCCCUCUCCGCCUCUUCUCUCGUAGUCUACCGUCUGUAGUGCAAUCGUAACGUUCUAUAUUUUCACGACUCAAUCCAGUGCUACAAACAAACGACAACGCUCGUCCAGCCGUAGUUCGUAGUCCGUAGUCUCCGUAUCUUAAACUCCCUACUGUUGACAACCAGCGACGACUUGAAGGAGUGAAUGAGUAAUAAUGAUAAUGAUGAUGAUAAUAAUAAUAAAAAUAAUAAUAAUAAUAAUGAUAAUAAUAAUAAUAAUAAUAAUAAUAAUAAUAAUAAUAAUAAUAAUGACGGCGACGACGAUGAGGAUGAUGAUAACAAAUGGUACCAGAAUCAGCGCCAGAGUGUGUUGGAGACGGAUAAGAUCAAAGUGUUGUGGAACUUCAACACACAGUGCGACCACAUAAUAGAGGCUAGAAUACCGGAUAUUGUGGUUGUAGGGAAGGAGGAUAGAUUCUGUAAAAUAAUCGAUGUUACCGUACCAGCUGACUGCAGAAUUAAUUCAAAGGAAAGUGAAAAAAAACAACAACAUUAGAAGUAUCAAGAACUCAAGCCUGAGUUAUUUUUUAAACUGCGUACCGAAAAUAACUUGUUUAUGCUCUAAACCCUCUCAAAUAAAGCAAACCAAUAUGGUACAGUAACAAUAAGUCUAUUGUGUAGGAGCAUUAGUACAAUUAGGGCUACAAUUGAUUAACUAACUACCCGGAUUCUGAAUUUCAUGGUCAUUGAAAAACUGUGACAUUAUCUUUUAUAAGCCCAAACUUAAGUAAACAUAGAAGAUUUUUACCGUUUUGGCUGAGUUUGUGCUUUUGGGAGUUUUCUAUCGUUUCUAGUCUGUCAUGAUACAGCAUUCUUGUUCAGCACGCGCGCAAUGACCGCGCUUGGCUGACUUCCGAAUGCUCACCGAGAUAUGAUAAUUUUGGUACGGUGAGACAGGCGAUCGAGAAAUGCUACAUAAUCUCUAACCCGAUUUUCUGUGAUAAGUUAUUUACACCAAUUUGUUAUUGUAACGAAGCUUUUGUCAUUAUUUUUUUACAGGGUCCUCUUUGGAAAAUAAAAAAUGUGGAAGAAUAGACUUCCCUGCUCGUGACGAGCAGCUUGUUUCCCAAACAUCCCUUGGUAGUAACUCUGAAAAGAAAUCUGAUGCUGCAUCAGGAAAUCAAACUGAAGAAUACACAGUGGAAGUCCAGCAGUACCAAAACAGCCGUAAGCGUAAAAUUUCAGGAUCUUACUGUGAUCCAGGUAUGGAACUUUUUUCUUGCUGCUGCCUACUGGCACAACUGAAGGGUGAGGUCAUUUGUAAGAUUUUACAGAGGUACUUUUUAUGACAGGGCUUUUUACUGUUUGAACUUUUAUCUUAGCAGUGUUAAAACCGAUUCGAAAGAUUGCCAUGAAUGAAAUAUUAAACUGUUAACCUAUCGAUCUACUGAUAGUUUUUUUUUUCCAAAUUUUCAGCGUUAUAUUUAGUACAUGCAUGGUGAGAAAAGAAAUAUUGCAUUAAGACCUGCUCAACCUCGUUUCCGGAGACGAGGAGGAGAGGAUCCUGGGAACGAGGUUGGAGACCUGAUUAGGAUUCUGCCGAUAUUUCGAUAAGAAAUUUCUCAGUGAUGUUACCUUUCGUUUUCAGACAUUGUUACUAGGCACUGUUAUCAAGACCUGAGCGAUGAACAGGAAGAAAUAGUGCAUGAAACUGUGACAAGACAAAUACAAGUUUACACUAAAUAUCGAAGGGUUUCAACCGCGGAAGGAGUGUCUGCUCUGAUUGAACAUAUACAGAAUACGUACAACUUGGCCUUGAAAUCUGUUGGCAUCGGAUCUCUCGAAUUAACAUUUCUGUGCACCUCACUGGAGAGCCUUGAAAGUUUGUGGAGUGACUAUCAGUCUGGUCAUCUUAAUGUCAUUGCCGAGAGAUACCUUGUGACCGAUGACAUAAAGAGGAAACUCAACUUGCAAAUUGUCAGGUUAAAGACAUUUAUUGAAGAAGAAAACUAUCAAAAUUGCCAGAAGAUUCUAAGGGAAAAAUCAUGUGAGUUUAAAGCCCCCUAACAGUUUAAGUUGCAGAUAAAACUAAAAUAAUUUGAUCAAUGCCAUUCGCUCACAGUGAACUAAAAUUGACUGGGUAUCUGCUUUACUAAAUUCCUUAGAUCUAUCCGGGAUCGAACGAAAUAGGGCUUCGUGGCCGUUUUGGAGAGUUUAAUUGCUAUACGUCUUGAUUGACCAUAAGGCAGAUGCGUCUGAGUUUGUGGUUACAAUUCUGAAACAGCUUUUCCUAUUUACCUGAAAGAUUAACUAAAAUACAUGAAAGCAAAAUAGAAUAAGGUAAGCAUUCAUAACAAACGUGGGGUAGCUAACUAACUUUAUCUCAUUGUGUGUUUGCAGUGUUAACAAGCAGCAGUGGCUUUUCACCCUCAACUGAAUCAGAUCAAGAAAAAGAGGAUUCAUUACUGAUUGACACAAGCUCAGAUGAUCCAAAGGUCGGAUAGUAUUUCAUUGCUAGAUAAUAAACCUUUUUCAAACUGGCCGAUUGAAAUGUUCUUAAAACAUAGCCAGUCUUAACGUCUUAUUGAUGCUGACAGUUUCGAUGACUGUCAGCCAUCUUUAUCAAAACUUGAAAAACAAACUGUAGUUAGUUAAGUGCCAAUUGAAAGUAGUUAGUUAAAUGCCAAUUAAAAGAUGUUGAUCAGUUCAAGAUUUCUGCCAACGUAUUUGAGAUAAAGACGCACGUAAUUUAUUCUACUGUAAGAGCUACUUUUUGAGCGAACCGGAACAACUGUAAACGGACGUCAAUUUGUCGUACCUACUCAGUAAAUAGCGUUACUUCUAACAAUAACACAGCUUUUGUUAUAGAAUUACACAAGUCAGUCAAUUUUACAUCAUCAAGAAAUAUUUUUUUAGAGGUGCCAAAGUUUGACCCUCUCCUUACCCUGCGGCCGUAAUCAGAAACAUAUACAAACAUAUAACGUUGGAAGGGGAAAUUGCUUAGUAGUUAGAGUGUAAUGAAGUGAAUUUUACGCUGAAAUAAUCACAUGGUUUUUGAAAAAGGUAGUUGGUAUCAUUCUGCCUUGUAUCCUACCAAAAACGUCCAACCGACUAUGUUUUAUGAGAUCAGUCAAAUGAAGGUGUGAACACAGUGGAAAUAACAAGGCAGUCAUGAGUCUUGUAAUUGCACAAUAAAAGUCUUCUUAAAGAACGGUAGUUUAAUUUCAUCAUUUUGCGCGUAUACUCCAUACAUAACGUUUCUCUCCUUCACAGUUGCAUUUAACAGGACUUUGUCUUAUGUUGUAGUAUAAAAGUGUUCUCUUCUUAUAAUUUUUUCAGGACAGGAAGCAGGUUAUGACCAAUAUUGCCGUAGCUGAAAAGGCAAAAGUAAGUUCAGUGGGAUAUGUAGUGUAGUGUGCACUCGUUAACCGACUUCCACAGAAAUUAAAACUCGGCAGGCACGUGUUUAUUAUGAGUUGCUGCAUCGUUAUUUUACGGAAUAAUAGUGAGUUCCUUUGUAGUGGGUAGUAACUUUUGAGGACUUGUGCUCAUUUUUGAGUCAACCUCCUAAAAUACAGAUACAGAUAGUAAACCUAUCAAACUGAAGAUUCACGCUUGCUUGCAUAUGAUGUGGGGCUUUUCGAAAUAGCGUAUCGGCCAUCAUCUUUUCAGAUUUUGUUACUCUUAUACUGUGAAUUGUGGGCACGGUUAGGAAAAGGCAAAAUUAGGUUUUAACAACUGCCGGUGAAUUCAAUUUCCCUCCGUAAAAAAGUUGAAAAGCUGAUGUUUCGACGAUUUUUGCCAUUCUUCCAAUACAUAGUCAAGCAAAUCGCCUAGUAAAGGGACUUCACUGCCAGAUUCACAUUGGUCCCGAAGAAAAUAGUUAUACUUCCGAACUCAAGGGAAAAAGACUAACUGGUUUCCCGAGGGACAUAUUAAGGACUUUAAGAUCCAACGACGCGACGCUUAAAAAGUGAAUUUGCAUUCCUUUAUUCCUAAUAGCAAUUAUUCCUACCCACUUACUUUGUCAAAUGUAGGCGAACCCUCCUGAAGCUGAAUUUCAAGGAACCAUAGCCAAGCUCAGAAAGAGAAGUAAAGUUUCGUAGUUGCUUGAAUACGACCACCAUAAAACGCAAAAUUAGGCAUUUUCACGUCGUGGCGUCCAAAAACAGAAAAGAAAUGUACAAAAAAGCGUGAUGCACGUGCGAAGUUGUUGUUUUGCUAUUAAACCAAUUGGGUUUUUUUUUGACGUUCUCGUCGCCGUCCGCGUCGUUGGAUCUUAAAGUCCUUAAUAUUAAGUGCUUUGCUAUAUUUCUAGACUUUCACUUCAACAGCGGCAAAGAAUGACUGGAACGGAUCAAAAUCAUGUCGACUCGUUUCUUAUAGUAACACAAGUUAAAUUUUCAAAACCGCUGAAUACGUGUUUUCAAAUAACUUUCCUUCCGUCAUUUCCACCUUGCUUCUCCACUAUCUCCUGUUUCUUCUUGGAUAACUUUAAAAAUCUUUGCUUUUUAGCUUGAGACUCCGUGUUUGUGAUGUUGUGAUCACCAUAGGGAUCCCACACUCUUAUUUGCGAACUGCAAAUGGAAAUAAAAUGAGAGACAAAAACUUACCUGUUCUAUUUUUGAAACUGCUGCGGAGAAAAGUGAAAUGGAAGUUGUUCUAGGAUGCAAAAACAAUGUUCGUGUCGACGCUUUGACUUCACAAUGCUUUAUUUUAUUAGGGACUGUGCAAUAAUUAUCAGGAGGUGGGGAUGAAAAACUAGAGGGGGGCAUUACAUAAAAUUGCUGCCAAGAUAGGGGGGGCUUAAAGUAAAAUCACUCAUUUGACGGAGGGGGUCCUUAAGUUUUAUUCGAAAUGUAAAUAAAAUUAAAGUAACAAAAGAUUCUCAAUACAGGCAUCAUGAUAGACUGUAACAAAUAUCAAUACGAACAGCUGUUAAACGAUUGUUGAAAAUAUUCCAUCAAAAUAAAAAGCAAAUUCACAAUUUUAACCCGUCUUCUGAUUGAUUGAGCUGAUCGUAUGUAAAACAAAAAUCAUGAACUUGUUUUUCAGCUUCCCCCAUAAAACAAUGGGAAUCAAAUAGAUCUCGUAGACAAGCUUUGUCGGUUUUUGAUGUGAAUAAAAGUAGUGUUUCUUCAUCGACUGAAUCGAUUUGCUGAAUUCCAUUUAUAUAUCUGGCUCAUAACAAAGUUCAACACGCUCUCCUCCCAAGGAUCUAAAUAUAAUGCAAGCUCUUUUUUGUCUGUUAUUUGAAGCGUUCAAUCUCCUGUUCUUUGAUUUUCUUUCUCUGCUCCUUUCUCUUUCUGGCUUCAAAAGUUUUAGAUUUUGAGCCAAUGUAGUAAGCACCCCGGUACUUAACAAAUGCUUUGUCUAAAUCUUCAAUCAAGCGAUCAACAUCCUUCUCGAUACUAGAUGUUACAUAAUAACGUUUGUCAUUAUUGAAGCUGUGAUGGCAGCUCAGUCCAGUUUUGAGUUUACCAGUGUUUUCAGAGAAGAGGCUGUCGUAAAAGGUAUUUUCUUAAAGGCACCUAUGGUAAUGGUGGCGGUGAGGGGUGGGUGUGGGUGGUUGAUCGGAGGGCGGUGCGACGUUAUUUUUAACAUAACAGAGGGUGGUUAAAACUAAUUUUUUUUGUUUUGGAGGGGGGUACUGUCUAAGUUUUUGCUAGAUAACUCUAGGUUUUUAGCCCCCCCCCCCCCCCUCCUGAUAAUUAUUGCACAGUCCCUUAUUAUCGUCUCGCGUUUUGCUGUUUGGACCAGUUUACCACGCAAUGCCGCGCGAGGUAACAUCCCACGAUAACCAUUCUAGUUAAAACGAAUACAGCAAGGCAAUACCUGGGUAUAUAUGCAAUCGAACUUGAAACAAUCUCAGAACUUACGCAGAAAAGCACAAGAAACUCUCAGACGUCAAACGCGAAGAUAACUUCCGGUCCAGUCAACUGGAGGCAUUCAUAUCUCCAAAAGUCAGUAAUCCAUUUCUGAUCAUUUUGAAUGCGAAGAUUUUUGUUUUAAAUAGAAAUAAGUGGAACACCAUAUAUUUUAUCCCUUCAACUGUUGUUGGGUUAAAUUUUGUGUAAAAACCGCACGUUAUACUUUAGUACGGCCUGGAAAUAAAUCGGUCCUCAAAUUAAUUUUAUCCCUUGUCUCUUUUCUGUCUCCCUCUCUCGCGCGCUAGUAAUCAGCAGGGAAACGCGAGACAAUAAUAACAACCGCGUGACACCAAAAGUGAUAUGGGAAACAAACCACGUUAAAAUAAAGCAUUGUGAAAUUAACUCAAAACGCCGACACAAACAUCGUUUUUGCAUCAUAGAACAACUUCCAUUUCACUUUGCUCCGCAGCAGAUUCAAGAACAGAACAGAUGAAUUUGUAUCUCUCAUUUCAUUUGUAUUUGGAGUUAACAAAUAAGAGUGUGGGUUCCCUAUGUGUUCAGUCACGAAAGUGAAAAAUGGCAGUGUUUUUCCUGCCAUAUGUCACACACGCCACUUAUCACGGCAUGCUUUGAUCACGUUCUGCAACGCAUCCCGGGCGGGCGGGGUGCAAUGGCUCAAACGUAUCGCGAUCGGGACUCAUAUAAUUUUAGCCGCGGGCACGUGACUAAGAAUCAACAAGAGACAAUAAUCUAAAGCUUAACGCGCAAACCGACGCAACAUUGUUGGCCAACAACUCCCCAGAUUGUUGGAUGUUACAUGUUGCGUCCGUUUGCACUUUCUUUUGCAUGUUGUUGCGAGUUGUUGCGCAAGGUUUGAAACCGGUCAAACUUUUAGCCCCGUGCAAACGGACCCAACAUUGUUUGGAGUUGUUGCGUGCGUUUGCACGUAGCUUAAGAGAGCGAAUCCCUAUGCCCCAUGAUAAUUAUUUAAAAUCUAUUUAAAGCUCUCUUGCGUGUCGCGAAGAUUAUUUUUGUCUGUCAUUGUUGUUGUUGUUGUUGUUGUUUUUGUUUUUACACUUCUAUUGGGGUAAAGCGGCAAUCAUGAAACAAUUAACAAGACGACAUAUGAUUAACGAAAUAAAAUAAAAAUAAUUAAUUAUAAUUACAAGAAUAAUUAAAAAACAAUUGCGGAUCCCCAAAAGGGCAAGUGCAAACUGGACCCUAGACCCAUGAAAGGCACCGCCCAAUUUUUAAAUAGCUUAAUUUACCCCUGGAAAAAACAAACAAACAAACACAAACAGAACAAAACAAAAUUUAAGUCAAAAUCGAGAUGUACGUUAACAAAAAAAGUGAAAAAAAACAACAAACAACAAACAAAACAAGAAAGUGGAUGUGGUAGGCACAGUCACUUCGACCUAUGACAGUGACAGGUCAUCACUAAAAUCCAUCUGCAAGAGCUUUCCACUUCAUAGGUAUUAACAAGUGGUGAACAUAGUUUUACAAACAAAAUGCUGAAGAGAUUGCGGACCAGAGAAACUACUAAACGGACUUAGUGAACAGACAAAAUUCAAUAACUUAGUAAUAUCAUUAAAAUAGAAAGCCUUAAAACUACUGGUUCUGCAAAGAGGAGUUUUCAAAUUGAAAGAAUUACUUUGUCUGGUACGGCCGUGAGAAAUAAACGAUGUAUGUUCUAGAACAUCAAUGUCAGUAAAGCCAAAAAGGCAUUUGUAGAAAAAGACUGGAUCCUUAAGUUCCCUGUCCAAAACAAGAGGCAGGAGGUUCAGCGUGACAAGUCUUUCCUUAUAGGACAUUUCGUCCACCAGGGUCUGAAGAAUUCAUCGUAUGGCGCGCCUUUGAACACGUUCGAUCUUCGCCCUCAACGAGUACUGGUUUGGCGACUACACUUGAGUCGCGUAGCUCAACUGGGACUUUCCCAGAGGCAGAGCGUCCGCCGCACAUUGACGUCCAUUUAGAGAGGGCAGGCUCUCUUCAGAAGCCCGAGGGACUUGUUGGCCUCAGUGACGAUGUUAUGGAUGUGAGUUCCCCAAGACAGGGAGUUAGUGAUAGUGACUCCGAGAUCUAUCUUCCCAGUAACUCGCUUAAGGUGUACACCAUCAGGCUUGUAACUGUAACACAAGAGCUUCUUCUUUCUCGUAACGCUUUGUGCUUUGCAUUUGGACGCAUUGAAGCAAAUGUUGUUCUCUUUACUUUAAUGUUCCAUGUUUGAAAGAGUUAUCUGUAAUGCCAAGCAAACUAGUUCCGAACCAAUGCAGUUAAUUAUUUUUGUGUCACCUGCGUAAAGAGCAGUCGUAACCUUUCCUUCGGAUCAAUGCAUUGGGGAGGUCAUUAAUGAAAACUUGUAAAGAGUAUUGGACCUAAGAAGACUUCCCUGCAGAACAACAGACGCAACAGGGGCCCAUUGCGAGGCUGCGCCAUCAACCACCACACGUUGGACCCGCCCACUCAGGUACUUCUUGAAGCAGAAAAAAAUUGUCCAGAGACACCGUAUGCACUCAGCUUGGCAAGAAGGAUGUUAUGGUCAACGGAGUCAAAAGCCUUUGCAAAGCCCAAGUAAAUAAUAUCCGUCUGCAUGUUCUAGUCUAAAUAUUCCCUGAUUUCGUGCAGAACAGAUAGAAGCAGAGCAACACAUGAGCGGUUCCUUAAAACCCGUCCUAUAGAUGAGUUAUGACGUUAUUUAGAUGUUCGUUAAGGCGAUUGAAGUCGCUCCUCAACUUUGCUCACAAUGGGCAGGAGCGAGAUGGGCCGAUAAUUUUUCCGAGCCUCCUUUGAAUUCUUCGUGUGGGUGGAUGUUAAGUCCGCAGAUUUCCAAUCCUUAGGAAUUUGACCGGUGCAGAGUAUUUGGUUAAAGAUCGCGCACGAACUCGGGGCGAUUUGGUUGCUGCAUUCCGUUAACAGCCGCGAGAGAAUUCCAUCAGGGCUGUCAGCUUUCGGUGUGUCUAGUCUGUUUAGACAAUUUGUUACUUCUCUAACUGAUACUUCAGCAUGCGAGAGGUCUGUUACGGCCCUCCGCACACCAGUUACACUGCUGUCUACGCAGCAAGUUGCAGGUCGAACGACUGAAGUACUUGUUGAAAACUUCCGCUUUGUCUACAUUUUUCUCAGCAACCUCACCCUUGUAUGUGAUGAUGGGCUUCGCACCGGUCCUCCCUUUCAGAAACGCCUAGGGAUAGCUCCAAAAGUGCUUGGGAUUAUCCCUGAUAGAAGACUCGACUUAAGCCAAGUACUGGCGGUGCUUCACACGAAUCAGGAUCUUAAUUUCUUGGCUCACAGAACGCAGUUUCUGCCUUCGCACAUCGCUUCCGUUCUGACGAAAUUUCCUUAAAUCUGCAUAUAGGUAGCGUACCUCACCAUCUAUCCAAGGAGGAGAGUUUGAACCUCGGAAAGUCUUCGCUGGGAUUUUCUCUCUCACCGCAGAUAAAAACAGGUUCUUCCAGUUUGCCCAGUAUUCAUCAAUGUCAUCGACCUGGCGAUGUCAAAUGGCACCCUUUCCGGGGUCUCCUAGCCUCCCACGCAGGCGUUUUUAGUUGAUCUCGUUUUUCAUUCCUCCCCACAAACGCCUGCUCAACCGAAAACAGCAUUUCUUUCCCAUUGUUUUAUUUGCGUGGUAAGUGACCAAUCAACAGUUGUGCAAUAAAGUGUUGACAGGCUAAACGCGACUAAAACGUGACCCUAGAGUUACCGUUUUCCUUCUUUUCUUUCCUUCGCUAAGGUUAUGCAGUGCAUGGAGUAUUCUAAAAUUUGACUAAAUCUUAUUUUUGCCGCUCUGAAUCUGACAUUUAUUAGAGGUCAGAAAGCUUUCCCAGUGUUUUUUGCAGAUCGAGUAAUUAUCAGAUUACCUUGCGGUCAAGGUCAACUUUCCAGAAUUUGGAAAGUACAACGUGAUUGGCUAAGCAUGGGAAAGGAAUGUUGUCUUCGGUUGAGCAGGCGUUUGUGGGGAGGGAUGAAAAACGAGCUCCCCUAGAAACGCCUGCGUGGGAGGCUAAGGGUCUUCCGGAGGUCGUCAAAACUGCCGAGUGCCGUUUUAACAGUCAUAAACUUGCCGCUUGAAUGACUAAGCUUUCUUGAAUUGAAGUCUAAUGGUAAACUCAGUGACCUAGUGGUCUAAAGGAAAUGUGCUCUCUUGUGGAUGAGAAGUAAAGACACCCUCAAUUACCUCUGUGCAGUUGUGCGUACAACAGUAAGUCAAGCUUGUUUCCUGCAAUAUGGGAAGGGCCUGGAAUAAACUAUUGGAGAAAGUUGCCGCCCAUUAAUUCACCAAAGGUAUUAUGAUCUACUCUCCCUCCAGUGUUAAACGGAGCACUUUGAUCGCCGGACCAAUCUAGGUCACUUAACUCAGCCAAGGUAAAGAAUCAAGGUGAGAGAAACAAUAAAGUAGAACCGACAUAUUUUUGCCCUUUUCAACUCCACGGCAAUAAACUCUAACCUCUCUCUUUCAAGAUCAGCCGGCCGUGUAGCUAACAUAUUGGCUUUUACAACCAAAAGCACACAACCCCCAGAUCAGUCGUAUCUAUCUCGUGGAGUGGCUGGGAAGGAUCUCACCGUCCACUAUAGUUGAGUUCAGCCAUGUCUCACAACCGCCGAUGACAUCAAAAUCUCCACCGUAAACUAGCUGCUGCAGCAGAGUGGAUUUAGCGACUUUGAUCGAACAAUCGUAAUGGGUGGUCACAGAGGCUAAAAAAACUUCUAGCGUUAAGGUAAAGGGCGCGAAGAUCGUCACUCCGGGAAUCUUCGUGCACGUUUGGAGCUGAGGACCCAUGCGGUCUAUUUUCAUUUGAACGUGACAUAUUUGGCCGCCAAACAUUUGAAGUUUGACAAUCGCUAUAGCAAUUGUCGCGCCAAAGGUUUAUGUUGUUGACAUGUUUUGUUUUCCUUAAAAUGACCACGCAGUAUCGCAAAAUUCCAGGAAUAGAUUUCGAAUAAGUUUCUUGGGAAGCAGGGUCAUGUAUGGGGGAUUCGCUCUGUUAGAUUAUUUUCUACCAAUGGCAGUACCUGUUUAGUUGAGUGAAAGCCUAGGAGUAUAACAAAAAUUACUUUAAAUCUCAGGGUGUAACGUAUGGAGACUAAUGGAAAUGGCUGUAGUUUGGAAGUGAUUAUCAGUAAUCCUUUUAUAUUUACUGUCUUAUCAGAGAAUGUUUUUUUUAAACAGGCGUCGAGGGGCCCGUUACACAAGGCUUCCAUCAGUGGACAAUACGAGACCGUCAAGACGCUUCUUCAAAAUGGUGAAGAUGUGGAUCAAAGAGAUCAGGUCUUAGUCUUCUCAUGCUUGUAUAAUUUUAGUGUGAAGCCCGUCUUCAGCGCCACAAGUGGUCCUGAGACCACAAAGGCAUGCUUAAAUUCAAUUUGAUUAGUUGGCUCUUUGAAGUAACGGCGUUUCCAUAUUAGCGGAGCUCUUGCGCGCCCGAAGCUCGCGCAGCGGAGCACCAUCGGUAAGAAGAUUUGGUUGUCUUAUGUAUCCGAGAAAUUUUGGUUGUGACUUGUAGUCACGUAAUCGUACGUCCGUCCGCACCACAGACAUUACAAUGUUAAACGACUCAAUCAACAGGUAUGACAACCCAAACGCAACUCGAGGACUUUUUUGGCGGGAAAUCGCAUGGCCACCCGCGUCUUGUGAAGCCGAGACAAUUAGAGAGUCAAUAAAGACAAAAAGGAAGGCGAAAAUUGUUUCUAUACCCGUGUUGUCUAAAGUAUUAAGCUUAGAUUUAUUCUCAUGUUCACAAAUUUGGAAUAUAGAGAAAGACAGAGAAAACGAGAAAGUGGGGGACAGGCUAGUGAAGCUCAACGAGAAAAGGAGCGACAGACAGCUAUUCACAACACUCAUAAUGAUAAGCAAAGGUUGAAAUACGCUUAAUUAACAGGUGUUUCACGUCUAGUCAAAACGUCUCGCGUUCGAUUACAUAACGUUCGAUGAUAAAUCCUGAUUUGGCGUAGAAAUCACUCAUUCUACCUCAGUUUUCGGGGUGAACGGCCCAACCUCUCACCCAAUGAAAUCGCGUGGGUCUUGUUACUAUCUCCCCCCAUUAAAGCCAAGCUGUCUCAACUUGGUUAAGUUAAGUUCGGAUCAAUCGUGAAUAUGAAUGUUGCGGAAUAGAUUUGUAUUUCUCAGGCGCGGUCCACACAUAUCCCUUUUUGCUUGAAAACGAGUAUUUUUUCUCCUGUUUGGCCUACCGUCCACUCGAAUUCGGUGAAAACGGUCACCGAAAACGCAUCUUUUCAAAAACGCUCUCCAGAGUGGAGAUUUUUGAAAACGCCGGCUUUUCGUCUACGUGUGGACGGACGAAAACGGAGGUUUUCGAAUACGAUGAUGUCGUACAUGUACAUCAUAUACUUCUAGCGUGACGCAUGUUCAAUAAGGGAUGCUAUCGUAUUUCCAUCGUUUUAGGGUUUUCGUGUGGACGGGCGAAAACGACUCGAAUACGUUACGCGUGAAUGCGUGUUUUUUUAAAAAAGGAGGAAAAAAUCUUAGUUUUCAAAAAUAUCCGGAUACGUGUGGACGAGCCUCAUUGUACGCUGCCUCAAGGGUGAUUGUCGGCCUUUAAGUGGCAUUCAGUUUUUAUGAUUUGUUUCCAGUUUUCUCUGACACCUCUUCACCUUGCCUGCUGGUAUGGACAGGAAGCUGUGGUUGAACUUUUAUUAGAACGUGGAGCGAGCGUCAACGCCGUAGACAGGGUAAGUUUACCAAGGGACCUUUGUGAGAACACCUUUACAGUGAAUGUGCCGCAAAAGUGGACCACAGUAGCUUGUCGGCGAAUUUACCACACCUCUGUCUGGCUCGCGUUAAGUGUAUUUUGAUGUCAAAUUAAUCGCGAUUCCGGUGGUUUUUACACUAUCCUCUCCUCUCCUGUUAAGUUACCUUAAUCUGUUAGAACGUUUUUCCUUUGUCCGCAUAGUUAGCAGAUCGAUGUUUUUAACAAAGGGAGUGCAAUUGUAUUUACUUAUCAGUCUGCCUAUUCUGGUUUUAGUUUCAGCGUACCCCUCUGCAAAAAGCUGAACGUCGAAGCCAUCACUCCAUAGUGAAGUUGCUUUUUAAGAAUAACGCCAGACGAAGUUUUCAUCAACCAGUAAGAUAUCAGAUUAUGUCUUUCCCAUGUCCUCAAACUUUUCCAAAACACGAAAAGGCUCUAUUAAAUUAUUUAGAUUUUUCUCCCCUUGCUUAAUUUCCAUACAUAGUGAGUAGCAAAAUAGAAUAACAUAAACGUUCUUUUGCAGUUCUCGUAUCCUUUGCUGAAAAUGUUCAAGGCCACAUUAGAAGCAAUAUAUCCUCGCUUUUACUUAGGUUAUAUCGUUAAAAAAAAAUUGUGUUCAUCUAUAUGAUUGACUGUAUAUCAGUCGUCAGUCUAUGAAUGUAUGCCAUUCGUUUACUUCUCUUACGAAUAGUGUAAUAGUAAUUUUAAUUUUCAGUGAAAAAAAACCUUGUACCAGAAUAAUUUAAAGAAUAUUGCAUUCUUUUUUACAUUUUUCAAGGGCUAAAGAUGUAAUUAGUCAUCUGUAAUAACACUAAAGAAAAUUUCUCAUGGGCUUCCGAGAGCAUAAAUGUCGAAUUUCACAAGAAUUGUGAAAACACAGGUAAAAUUCUGACAAUUUCAUGUGUAAGAUGUCAUUUUGUGAAAUUUGACAUUCAUUUUCUUGGGCUCCGAUAAGAAAUUUUCUUUGGUGUUAUUACAGAUGACUAAUUACAUAUUUAGGCCUAUAAAAAUGUAAAAAAGAAUGCAAUAUGCUUUAAAUUAUUCUGGUGCAAGAUUUUUGUCCACUGACAAUUAAAAUUACUCAAUUUCCUGGUGGAUUCCGUCUUAAAUCUAAUCCCCGUGACACUUGGUAUUCGUUGUUUGGCGCUAUAGUGGAUAAGAAGUUACUUUUCAAACAGAAUGCAAUGUGUUGAAUUUAAUGGCCAUCGUUUGUUAUCAAAAUAUGGGUUCCCUCAGGGUUCUAUCCUCCGACCUCUUUUUUCUUACCUUACAUUAGCGACAUUAACAAUGCUUCUAGCUUAUCAAAUUUGAUGUGUUUGUCGACGAUACCAAUGUAUUCAUGUCACCUAACGAUCCGGACUUUCUUUCAGAUAUGUUAAAUUUUGAGAUGGGCAAACUGUCAAUCUAGUAGUUUAAAGCGAACAAACUUUCUCUAAAUCUAAAAAGAGACUACAUAUAUGGUUUUCCAACCAAGUAAAAAACGUACGGAUUGCGAUAUUCAAAUACCUAUAGAUUAUUUAACAUAUCGUUUGAAUGUAGGAGAAAAUUUUUUAUGAAUAAUUUUGGAUGAAAACCUAAAUUGAAGUCGGAAAUAUGGCAUGUCGCAAGCAAAGUUGUGUAGUUAAUCGGUGUAAUACUUAAAUACAGCUUUUACCUUCUACCUUUUAUAAGCAGCUCCAAUAUACCGUGAAAAUUAAUCGAGAGUUAAUGACAUCCUGAUGAUGUUCUCUCUGACUUCGCUCAAUAGUUGACCCUUUUUAUUACAGCUCAGCCUGAAGAAACUCUCGAGAGAUGCGUUCUUAAAAGUGGAUAGACGAUCUGGAUUAAAUUUGCUACAAGCUGCUGUAUUUGGAGGGAAAUAUAGCAUGAUUUCCAAAGCUCAUGGCCUUCUUGACUACUUUGUAACAGGGAUGAAGUCUUUAAGAACAGGGAAAGAUGCAAACAUUUUCCCAGGGAAGACGGCAGUUAACAUCUUAUCUCUUCUGGAGAAGAAAAGAGAAAGUCAUGUUGCUAUCGAAAGGCUUUACCAAGACCGGGUCAGGAACGAAGAUAGAUCCACAAAGCUACAGCAGUGCAUAUUUAGCGAUGAUGUGGAAGAGGCGGUAGAGCUUGUAUUAAAUGAAGGUGCAGAUGUAAAUACCCCCGGCCCAUAUGAUUGUACACCGUUGCUGUGGGCAAGUCUUUCAUCCUCAAGUAAGUUUAUCGGGACCCUCCUUGAUCUUGGGGCUGACGUCAAUGCCCAAGGAACAGAAAGCAAAGUGACGCCGUUAAUAUUGGCAAUUCAGUGGAACCACUAUAUGGCAUCUCGCUUGUUAUUAAUGCAUGGAGCGGAUGUAAACGUUCUUGAUAGUCAUGGACAUGCGCCACUGCAUUUGUCGGUAAGAAAUGGUUACAUAAAUCUUGUCAGUUUGUUACUUCAAAACAAAGCAAAAGUAAACAUUCAAGAUAAAGAUGGAGCAGCGCCCAUUCACUGGUCAGUAAAGAAAGCUGACGAAAAGCUUGCAAGAUUGUUACUUGCCAACGCCGCGGAUGUAAAUAUUCAAGAUGGGGAUGGAAUAACACCGCUGCAUUUGUCCGUCAGGAUGGGUAGGGAAAAUCUCGCUACACUGUUACUAGAAAACAACGCCGAUGUGAAUGUUCAGAAUAAAGACGGGCAAGCACCACUGCACUUGUCGGUGGAGAACGGAAGCGAAACCCUCGUCAGCUUGUUAAUUAAAAGGAAAGCUAAUGUUAAUGUUCAAGAUAAGGACGGAGAAGCACCACUUCAUUGGUCGGUAAGAAAGGGUGACGGGAAACUGGUAAGCCUUUUACUUAACCAAAGCGUGGAGGUGAAUAUGAAAAACAAUGAUGGGGAAACACCAUUGCAUCUUUCUAUCAGAAAUAAUGACGAAAACCUCGUCAGAUUGUUACUUGAACAUAGGGCUGAAAUAGAUACUAAAGAUAAUGAUGGAGAAGCGCCACUCCACCUGCCAAUCAGGAUGGGUUACGAAAACCUCGUGAGACUGUUACUUCAACGCCGACCGGAUGUUAAUAUUCAGGAUCAACAUGGGACAGCACCAAUACACUUGUCCGUCAGGAUGAGUAACGCAACCUUUGUAACACUGUUACUUGAGCACGGCGCUGAUGUUAAUAUUCAAGAUAAUGAAGGAGAAGCACCUCUCAAUUUGUCAGUCAGGAUGGGUAACGUCCAUCUCGUCAAGAUUUUACUUAAAAACAAUGCAGAUGUAAAUAUUCAAAAUGAUGACGGGAAAACACCCUUGCACUUGGCUGUGUUGAACGGUCACAGAAGGCUCGUCAGCUUGUUAAUUGAAGAGGAAGCAGAUGUGAAUAUUCAAGACACUGGUGGAAAAACACCAUUGUACCUGUCAACCAGAAAGGGUGGCUUAAACAUCAUGAGACUGUUACUUGCAAAGGCCGCGGAUAAGAAUAUUCGAGACAAUGAUGGGGUAUCGCCGCUGCACAUAUCAGUCAGAAUGGGUAACGAAAGCUUUGUCAGAUUACUACUCGAAAGUGGAGCGAAUGUAGAAAUUCAAGCUAAUGACGGAAAAGUCCCGCUGCACUGGUCAGUAAUAGAGGGAGACAAAAACCUUACCAAGUUACUAAUUCACCACAACGCGGAUGUAAAUAUUCAAGAAAAUGGUGGAGAAACGUCCCUGCACUUGUCAGUGAAGAAAGGUGACGAAAGCCUCGUCAAAUUGAUACUUAAUAAUACCUUGGAUGUCAAUGUUCAAGACAAACGAGGGUACGCACCGCUACAUUUGUCAGUCAUAAAAGGUCACGAAAACCUGGUCAGGUUGUUACUUGAACAAAAGGCGGAUGUAAAUAUUCGAGAUCAUAAUGGAGAAACACCUUUACACUGGUCGGUCAGGGAGGGUCGCAAACACCUUCUCAAGGUGUUGAUCGACAACAAUGCCGAUGUAAAUAUCCAAGAUGGCAAUGGAGAGACGCCUUUACACCGGUCAGUUACAAGGGGUGACGAAAACCUCGCCAACCUCUUACUUGCAAGCAACGCGAAUGUAAACAUUCAAGAUUAUGCGGGAGAAACACCGCUUCAUUUGUCUGUGAAAAAGGGUGACAGAAACCUCACCAGAUUGUUAAUUGACGGCAACGCUGAUAUAAAUAUUGUAGAAAACGAUCGUGCAACUCCACUCCAUUUGUCGGUGAGGAAUGGUGACGAAAGCCUCGUCCUGUUGCUGCUCAAAAUUAUCCGGGACGUCAAUGCUCAAGAUCUUCUUGGACACACACCAUUACACUGGGCGGUCAUUAAAGGAGACGAAAACCUGGUAAGCUUGUUACUUGCAAACAACGCUGACGUCAAUAUUCCAGAUAAAGAAGGAUUUUUGCCACUGCACCUAUCUGCCAGUUGUAAGGACAGAAAUAACAGCAACAUAAUCGAUCUGCUAGUAAAGCACGGAGUGCAAACUAUUGAAAUCCUUGAUGCAGAAGGUUUGACUCCGUUGCAAAUGGCAGUGAGAUGUUAUAACAUACAAGCUGUGAAAAAGCUCGUUGAUCUCGGUGCAGACAUCAGUAAAGUGACAGCUGAUGGCAAGGAUGCUACUAAAUUUGAAUGCUUGAAGAGAGAGAGUGCCGAGGAAAGUGAAGACACGGUUUCUUAA